AGACAGCGUUCAUUUCUACAGAGACACCUGAACGCAGCACCCAGAGCAAUGAAUUGAGGGUGAAGAAGGACGUUGAAAACAAAAAUGGACAUCGAACGAAAAUAGCCUGGCUGUCUAUGUCAGACUUCUGACUGGCACUUCACAAAGAACCUGAGGGGAGAAGAAAGAGCUCAGAGCCCAGAACCAUGGAGGCGCGCUUUGGUAAUAUUGUGUUCAGCUCCAAGUUUGACUCAGGGAACCUGGCCCGUGUGGAGAAGGUGGACAAGGGCAGCUCCAGUCCUCCUACAGAAGUAGCUCCCAGUGGGAGUGCCCUCCCAGGGUCAAACCUAAGCCCUGACUAUGAGUUUAAUGUGUGGACGCAGCCAGAUUGCGGCGGCACAGAACACGAGAAUGGAAACAGAUCAUGGUUUUACUUCAGUGUUCGGGGUGCUGCACCUGGGAAGAUAUUGAAAAUCAAUGUGAUGAACAUGAACAACCAGAGGAAGCUCUACAGUCAGGGCAUGGCUCCUCUAGUACGCACUUUACCUGGCAAGAACCGGUGGGAAAGGAUCCGGGACAGACCCACAUGUGAGAUUGUAGAUAACCAGUUCAUCCUCUCGUUCACUCACCGGCUGUUGGAGACAAGAGGGGCGACCACCUACUUCUCCUUCUGCUUCCCGUUCUCUUAUAGUGAGUGCCAGGACAUGCUGCAGCAGUUUGACAAGAGCUACCCCAAUGCUGCUGAACUCAGUCCGAGCAGUGCCGCGGACAGUGUGUAUUAUCAUAGGGAGUUGCUGUGCCAAUCUCUAGAUGGCAAUAGAGUGGACCUGCUCACUGUGACCAACUGCAACGGGAUGCAAGAGGAGAGAGAACCCCGUCUGCCUAAGCUGUUUCCUGACACCAACACACCAAGACCACACCGCUUCCCCAGCAAAAGGGUGUUUUUUCUCAGCAGUCGGGUGCACCCCGGGGAGACUCCAUCAUCCUUUGUGUUCAACGGUUUCCUCAACUUUAUACUGAGAAGAGAUGACCCUCGUGCUCAUGUGCUGCGAAACAUGUUUGUGUUCAAACUCAUUCCCAUGCUCAACCCAGACGGGGUCGUUCGUGGACACUACAGGACUGAUUCUAGGGGUGUGAACUUGAACAGACAAUACCUAAACCCCAGCCCCGAGCUGCACCCUUCCAUCUAUGCAGCCAAAACACUUCUGCUCUACCACCACACACACAACCGCCUGCACAAUACACACUCCAGCAGUCACUGUAACAGCACCACACACACGGAGACCCCGCCCCUAAGCAUCAAACCCCCCAAUCAGCAUCAGCCCCCUCCCUUCACUCCCCUUGAAGUCAGCUUGAACCAACGAAAUGCAGAGAAGGAUGCAAAUCCUGUGCUGCCAGAAGUUCCCAUGGUGACGGAGGAAAACGCUUGGGUCACCACGGAGAUUGGGAAAGGGGACCAGAACAGCUCAUCAAGCUCCUCGGAGACUGUAGUUCCUGUUACUGUGGAGGUGACAGAACCACAGGUGGAGGAACAGGAGUUAAUUCCACCACAGGAGGGAGGUGUGGCUUAUUAUGUGGAUUUGCAUGGCCACGCUUCUAAACGAGGAUGCUUCAUGUACGGAAAUAACCUUCCUGACGAGAGCCAGCAGGUGGAGAACAUGCUGUAUCCAAGGCUGAUCGCUGUGAACUCGGCCCACUUUGAUUUCCUGGGCUGUAACUUUUCAGAGAAAAACAUGUACGCAAGAGACAAGAGAGAUGGCCAGUCUAAAGAAGGCAGCGGGCGGGUAGCCAUUCACAAGGCCAUUGGGUUGCUUCACAGCUACACUUUGGAGUGCAACUACAACACAGGAAAAACCAUGAACACCAUCCCACCUGCUUGCCAUGACAACGGACGGGCGACCCCACCACCACCUCCAUCAUUCCCUCCAAAAUACACUCCAGAAAUAUUUGAACAGGUGGGGCGUGCAGUGGCUAUCUCAGCCCUGGAUAUGGCCGAGUGUAACCCCUGGCCACGGCUGGUGCUGUCUGAGCACAGCUGCCUGACAAACCUUCGAGCUUGGAUCCUCAAGCACGUCCGCAACACCAAAGGCCUGAACUCACACAUCCACGCUCAUCCUCCACCAAGAAUACACCACAAUGGCAGCAAGGCUUCACCGCCAAAGAGCUUCAACAACUGUCUGUCUGGCUCAGCGUCAGAGAAUGCACUCAGUCGCAAUCGCUGCAACAGCCACAGUAGCAGUAGCCAGACACCCUCCCCGAAGAUGCACAACUCCCCGAGCUUUACCUUUGGCUGCCCCCCACCCCGGAGUCACAUACAGCACAACAGCACGCACACAGGUGGCCGUGGAGGCAACAAGACACUCGGGCCAGUCAGGGACCCUAAGCCUCAGGAGAAGAGACGUCCCCCCCACCACCGCUCCAUCCUACGGUCUCCCGGCAACAGCCAUACACCCUCCCGCCCCCCACUCUCACCCCCUUCCUCCUCCUCCUCCUCGUCUUCCUCUGUGUGUGCAGCGGGUUCCUGUCCCCUCCCGGCCUCCGUCAGUAUGACAGGCCUCAGCUGCCCAGACUUCCAGGCUGGAGGAACCAGUUCAGCCAGUUGGUCCAAAAUGCCGUUCCCCAUGCGUCCUGGGCGUGUGGGGAGGGGUUGUCGGACUCUAACAAUCACUCAUAGCCCCACAGAGGCCCGCACAGAGACUGUUAAAGACUUGGGGCCUGAACACAUCCUUUCCUCCAUCAAAUUUAGCAAGUGUGAGCUGCAACCUCACAUGAGCCGCAUCCCCAUCCGGAGGGCAGGCUCCACUGAAACCCCUCCUGCACAUGACAGUAAAACAUCCCCGACCAGCAUUUCCCCAGUCUCACCUGGAGAUAAGGAGGAGUCAGCCACCAUGAAGGUCUGGAAGCUGCUUAGACCUGGUCUCCAUCGACACCUGUCACUGUCAGGUGUAUCUGGGAAAGAGGGUGCCAUGCAGUUGGCCUCUAAAGCACUAAUGAAGAAAAGCCCAGACAGGAGCCUCCACUACACAGGAAAUACUAUUAUAGAAACUGCCCAAGAGACAGAUGAAACAGUGCAACAGGUUGAGGAAGCUCCAGUGGUGCCCCUGCCUGAGACUGUGAACAUGUGUGAGACAGUGACCCUAUGUGGAGAAGCCUAGGAACUACACAGAAGAGGAGGCCCUGUGUAUACUGUAUGUCUGUUAAUGUGAGCAUAAAUUGCUAUGUUGUGACCAAAACCAUUUAAAACUAGGAAACAGGAGGGGGCAUUGACAUCACAGGAAGAUCAUUUGGGGCAUCUCAACGUGCAAUACAACAAUUUAACAUUAUUUAUUCUGAUUCUCCAGAGCAUGCAUGGUAUUUUCAACCAUGCUGCUAAACAUAGUCAGACCAUGGAGAGAGCAGCUAAACUGAAGCAGCUGAAGGUUUAGUGCCUUGCUCAAUGAAACCAGAACAGUGGCUGAGGUAGGGGAGAGGUACAAACCUUCCCCAUGCAAGUUUUUCAACUGAUUAAGAAUCCGUAGACUUGAAAUAUCCUUUAGCCUUUCAGCUACCAUCAUUCUACUUCACAUAUCUGUUUUGUGAUUGAAGUCCUUGCUUUCUAUAUCUCCUCCCCACAAAAAUGUGUUAAAUGCACUCUGACCAACACUGUAAUGCACUGGUAAGUAUUUUUACAUCAGCCACUGUUACUAUUGCAACCGGUUGAUUUAUAUUCAGACUGACGAGCACGGCAGCACCUUUAUAACCUCAUUUCCAUUGUGACUUUAGAAACAGAUGUGUGAGUGCAGUGUGUAUUUGAGAUCAUUUCUUUGUGUUUUGCAUAUGGUGCCUAUAAAAGGUAUUCACCCUCGACGGAUAUUUUCAUGGUUUAUGCUGCUGAUUUACAUAGGAUUUGACACUUAACAGCAAAGAAACUGAUGUUAAAUUGUAAAAUAGUACAAUCUUUAACUGCACAUAUCAGAUUGAAUGAGAUCACCUGUGUGUCAAGUGAUUUUAAGUACACAUGAAUCUGGAAAGUCCAGCUACUAGAAGAAAUAAUAGUUUGAAAGGAAAAUAGGCAAAUCACCAUCAAAAAAAUGUUGGUGUCCAUGUGUAAAGAGCCCUAGUAAGAGAGGACUCCAAAUCCCAUGAAGCCUUGCAGUUGCUGCCUACCAGAGAACUGACAUUUAUUUUCCACAUAUACUUACAAUGUGGGCUUCACAAUGUGGCUAAAAAGUAAUAUAUUCAAAGCAGUAGAACAUGAUAAGGUCCUAUAGGUGGGUUAAUGCUUUUAUGCACACACUUUAGAAUAUUCAUAUUAAAUAUACUUUCCCUGUCACAUUCCUUUGGAGCAUUUUGCACCACAGCACACCUAUAUAGGAACCUGUACUUUAUUACUAUAUACAGUAUAUAUACAUAUAUA